AAAAAAAAAACACAAAAAAUCCCCAGAUGGGCAAGAACGAUUUCCUCACCCCCAAAGCAAUCGCCAACAGGAUCAAAGCCAAGGGCCUCCAAAAGCUCCGGUGGUACUGCCAGAUGUGCCAAAAACAAUGCCGAGACGAGAACGGGUUCAAAUGCCACUGCUUGAGCGAGGGCCACCAGCGCCAGAUGCAGGUCUUCGGCCAGAACCCCCACCGCGUCAUCGACGGCUACACCGAGGAGUUCGAGACCAUGUUCCUCGAGCACAUGAAGCGGUCCCACCGGUUCUCCCGCAUCGCCGCCACCGUCGUUUACAACGAGUACAUCGCCGACAGGCACCACGUUCACAUGAACUCGACGCAGUGGGCGACGCUGACGGAGUUUGUCAAGUAUCUCGGGCGGACGGGGAAGUGCAAGGUCGAGGAGACGCCGAAGGGGUGGUUCAUCACUUACAUUGACCGGGACUCGGAGACUCUUUUCAAGGAGAAGAUGAAGAACAAGCGGCAAAGGUCGGAUCUUGUGGAGGAGGAGCGGCAGGGGGGGCUGACGGAGAAGCCGUUGGAGAAGUUGAAGUUUGCGAUUCAGCCCACUUCGAAUGCUGCGGAGAAGCCUGCGGCCAGAAGCGCGAGAUUGGGGUUUGAGGAGGCAGCGGAGGAAUCUGAAAGAGGCGCUAAGAAGGGCAAGGGUGUAGCUGUCGGGUCCUCGGCGUUGGACGAGUUGAUGAAGGAGGAGGAGAAGGCGAAGGAGAGGAGCAAUCGGAAGGAUUAUUGGUUAUUUGAAGGGAUUGUAGUCAAAGUAAUGAGCAAGACUUUGAAAGAGAAAGGGUAUUAUAAACAGAAGGGAGUUGUGAAGAGGGUUAUUGAUAAGUAUGUUGGUGAGAUCGAGAUGUUGGAGAGUAAGCAUGUGUUGAGGGUUGAUCAGGAGGAGCUUGAGACUGUGAUUCCACAGAUUGGAGGGAUCGUUAGAAUUGUGAACGGGGCUUACAGGGGAUCGAAUGCGAGGCUUUUGUCGGUUAAUACGGAGAGGUUUUGCGCGAAGGUGCAGAUUGAGAAGGGGAUUUAUGAUGGAAGGGUGUUGCAGGCUGUGGAUUAUGAGGAUAUUUGCAAGGUUUUGCAAUGAGAAUCAAGAUUGUUAGAUUUAGGUAUUCUCUGCGGAGCACAAAAUCCGCCUCUGCAAUUAUCCUCCACCUUCGCUACCUUUCGCCUCACCAUUGAAAUCCUGGGCUUCCUGCAACCAUGACAUUGUACAACAACUUUAAACUGAUUUUUUGGGAUCACAAUGUAAUGUGUGGGCGGGAUCCAUUGGGCUUCUUCGUUGAAACAAUCGAGAUCGUACUCAUCGUCACCUGCAACAGCGUUAUUAUCACCGUGGCCGUCAUCGCCGCCGUUGUCCAACAUUGUACCACUCUCCUUGCCGCUGCAAUCUUCAACCACAC